CUUCCGGUUGCACUUACAAUACAGUCCCCCUACUAAGUGCUUGGGGACAUGAAACCUUCAUAUAAUGCAAAUAAGCAGCAAUUUCACACAGUAGCCAAAUACCGAGCUGAACACGGGGCGCUACUUUGCUUACUUGUAACUGCGCACUGUUAUAGUUUAAUAGGAAAAUAAUAGCUCUCGCUAACUAUACGCUGAGACACCUUAUCUUUUGUAUACACCACAUAUCAAUACACUAUUGCCACACAGUAUUUAUUUUUAUUAAUACCAGAUCAUUAUUCUAAAAACAUUUUUUGGUUACUUGUUAUGCACUUUUAAAACAAUAUUACGUUUAUAUAGGAAACAUUAAACACAUGUUUUUAAGAGCAGCAGCAUUUUAGACAAUAAGUAUUAGGUGUAUGAUAUUUUAUAUAAUUUUGUUAUAAACCUACAUGGAAGAAAGACUGAGAGAAGCUGCUGCAUUGGGGGAUUUGGAAGAGGUCAAGAAAAUUCUAAAGAGUGGAGUUAAUAUUAAUUCUCAAAAUGAAAUCAAUGGAUGGACAUGCCUACAUUGGGCAUGCAAGAGGAAUCACAUUCAAGUUGUAUCGUAUCUGUUAGAAUCUGGAGCAGAUAAAGAUAUGUUUACAAGCAAAGGAGAAAAACCUUUCGAAUUAACCUCAAAAAAGGACAUAAAGAAGCUGCUUGGAGUGGAGGACUUAGUUGAUGAAGAAGUAAAACCUGCCUCGGAGUUACCAUUUGUUCCAAAUUAUUUGGCAAAUCCACCUUUUCCAUAUAGUUAUACCAAGGAAACAACUGACAAGGAAGACACAGCAAUAUCUUACGUUGAAAAUACAAAUCUUUCUAGCACCCCAGCUUCAAAUCUUCCUGUUCUAGCAAACGGGAUGGAAAAUAUAUGCAUUUCUACCUCUUCAAAGAAAGAUGACGAUGCAUUUCCUGCCCUGUUUUUUAAUGGAGACCUGCAGAUUCCCCCGGACUGUACGCACUCUACGGUUCAGAACAGUCCUUUUUGCCAGACUCCUGUAUCUCAGACCCGGAAUAUUUUUUCUUCAGUUCCUUCCAACUUACAAUACAAUGGUGUUCAACCUGGACCUAUGCAAGUAUUUCAGCCAUUUUUCUUCACUGGAGCUUUUCCAUCUAACAUGAAAGAGUUGGUUCUGAAAGUGAGAAUCCACAGACCUUCUGGUGGAGAUGACUUCAUUGAAGUUGAAAUAGACAGAGAAGAACUGACUUACCAAGAACUACUUCGAGUCUGUUGUUGUGAACUGGAUGUUCGUCCAGAGCAUGUAGAGAGAAUCAGGAAAUUACCAAACACUAUUCUCAGAAGGGACAAAGAAGUUGCAAGACUUCAAGACUUCCAAGAGCUAGAAUUGGUACUCAAGAAAGAAACCAGCGGCCUUUUCUCUAUAUCGGCACCACUAACAGAGCGACCAUGUUUUAAUAAAAAAGCUACUGAUCUUACGUACUAAAAACUGUACCAACAAAUAGUUUUUAUGCUUCAAAAAUACUAAAUAAUGAGUGCGUUUUAAAAAUAACAAAAUAUUUAACAAAGAAACCAGUUACUUUAAUAUAUUACUAAUAAUUUCAAGAAGCACAAAACUAGCCCAAUGUUUUUAUUUUUACUAAAACAUUUUUUUCUCUGUUAAAGAUGCUCUUUAGAAAUUUUCGUAAAAAAAUAUAAAGUGCCAUUCUGGAUUACCUAAGAAUGGUAAAAACCUGUUAUGGUGUUUUGUUUGACAGCAGGUAUUAACCAAAUCUAUGGUAUUUCUUUGAUAAUAUCGCCAAAUCAGAGAGCUUUAAAAAAUUGGACCCCUAGGCUGUUAAAGGGUCACUAAACACAUUUCAUGCACCUCCCUCUAGUCAUGGCUGCUGCCAUUUUGGAACCUAGGUUUCACUGCAGGUACCUGAAGGAGAGUUGCUGCACAUGUGCAAAAAGGUCAGCACUGGAAUGAAGUGAGAUAGAUUUCAACAUGGCAGCACCCAUGACUAGAGAUAGGCAUGGAAUAACUUAAUACUAUGCUUAUCAAAUCUAUUUAAUGUUUAUUGUCCCUUUAAGAGCUGAAGAGUUGUGCAGUCCUACUUUUGUAGCUGCAUUAACCUGCACAUGACAAUACAACUCUGUUAAAGUUUAUAAAAAAAUAUAUAAAGCUGCGCUAUCAUAGUAUGUACAGAUUUUAUCUAAUAUUAUUGUUUCUAAAUAAACUGAUGCAGUAUUACUAUGUUUGGUA